GGUCCGAACCUACGUUUGAGGGUGAGCUGGAAGAGGAUAAAAUUUUAAGGAACGUUCGUCCAGAGCCAUAGCGGGACCCGCAAAGGGUAAAUUAGGCAAAAGUUUGGUUCCGCCUUCCGGGUGAACAUAUUUUCUUUGGCUAGCCAUUUCCACUUCAACAACCCAUCUUCUUUCCUGCUUUGCACCACAACACUACGACCUGUCUAAACGUACGUGAGAGAGAUCAAGGAUUCCUGGCGAUUAACUCAGAACAAACAAAGGAGAUGAACUCUGAAGAAACAACGGAGGAGGGGAGCGUGGAGCUCGCCCUCGAAAAUCACGAGGAAUUACGAUCCCGCGUCUCGGACGUCCGCCCCCGCUCAACGGAGAUUAACUCUGAACAAACAACGGAGGAGAGGAGCAUGGAGCACUACUGCCCAAAUUCCGUCCUCCAGGCGACAUCUUACCCUGAUGCUGAUGGUAACAUCAUAUCUCAAGUUCAACCUGAUGUUGUCACUCCACGCGGAGGAAGCAAUGUUGUCCGAGUUGAACCCAACUAUGGCAUAAUUGGAGUUAGAGUUAGUCUGGGCGGUGUUCAAGCCUACAUAAUACCGGUUCAGGCGGCAGCACAUCUUCGUCAUUCCACCUUCGGGACUGGAUCCGGCCACAUCAAUGAAACCAUGUCUGCAGAAGCUAGUCCCGAUUUCAGCGUCCGUGAUGCUGUUGGAGUUGAGCUGAACAGUGACGAUGUUCGAGCCUACAUACAGGCUCAGCAGGUUGCAGCACAUUUUCGUCGUUCCAUCUUCGGGGCUGGAUCCGGCCACAUCAAUGAAACCAUGUCUGCAGAAGCUAGUCCCGAUUUCAGCGUCCGUGAUGCUGUUGGAGUUGAGCUGAACAGUGACGAUGUUCGAGCCUACAUACAGGCUCAGCAGGUUGCAGCACAUUUUCGUCGUUCCAUCUUCGGGGCUGGAUCCGGCCACAUCAAUGAAACCAUGUCUGCAGAAGCUAGUCCCGAUUUCAGCGUCCGUGAUGCUGUUGGAGUUGAGCUGAACAGUGACGAUGUUCGAGCCUACAUACAGGCUCAGCAGGUUGCAGCACAUUUUCGUCGUUCCAUCUUCGGGGCUGGAUCCGGCCACAUCAAUGAAACCAUGUCUGCAGAAGCUAGUCCCGAUUUCAGCGUCCGUGAUGCUGUUGGAGUUGAGCUGAACAGUGACGAUGUUCGAGCCUACAUACAGGCUCAGCAGGUUGCAGCACAUUUUCGUCGUUCCAUCUUCGGGGCUGGAUCCGGCCACAUCAAUGAAACCAUGUCUGCAGAAGCUAGUCCCGAUUUCAGCGUCCGUGAUGCUGUUGGAGUUGAGCUGAACAGUGACGAUGUUCGAGCCUACAUACAGGUUGCAGCACAUUUUCGUCGUUCCAUCUUCGGGGCUGGAUCCGGCCACAUCAAUGAAACCAUGUCUGCAGAAGCUAGUCCCGAUUUCAGCGUCCGUGAUGCUGUUGGAGUUGAGCUGAACAGUGACGAUGUUCGAGCCUACAUACAGGCUCAGCAGGUUGCAGCACAUUUUCGUCGUUCCAUCUUCGGGGCUGGAUCCGGCCACAUCAAUGAAACCAUGUCUGCAGAAGCUAGUCCCGGAUUCAGCGUCCGUGAUGAUGUUGGAGUUGAGCUGAACGAUGACGAUGUUCGAGCCUACAUACGGGCUCAGCAGGCUGCAGCACAUUUUCGUCGUUCCAUCUUCGGGGCUGGAUUCGGCCACAUCAAUGAAACCAUGUCUGCAGAAGCUAGUCCCGGAUUCAGCGUCCGUGAUGAUGUUGGAGUUGAGCUGAACGAUGACGAUGUUCAAGCCUACAUACAGGCUCAGCAGGCUGCAGCGCAUUUUCGUCGUUCCACCUUUGGGGCUGGAUCCGGCUACAUCACUGAAACUAUGUCUGUGGAAGCUAGCAGCCCUGGAGGAGGCGAUGGUCGACUUGGAGUUGAGUGGAACGAUGAGAUGCUGACGGCGCUGCGUUCCAGCGCUCCAGCUAUGAGAGAACACGACGGCUCUCAAGAUUUUCUCGUCGAUGAAGCGGGUGGCCGCUUUCUCGCUAUUCACAUUCACCCUCCGCAGCAGGGCGAUCAAGGUUUAGUGGGAGCCGCACGAGGAACACAAGAUGGUCCCGGUGAUCUUGCUCGGCACGCUCUGCCGUCGGUAAUUGGAGGUCUUGUGCCGCUAUGCUUCAACUUAUUAUUAGAUGAUAGUAUCCUCAAGGCGGACAGUUCUCCCGGAUAUAUCAAGGCUGCCGCUGCCGCUGGGCUGGGGCUUGUGACUGCAUUCACGUUUCUUGGGGUCGCUUCCAAGAAGAGGGCCAAGGCUGCCGCCAGGGUGGUAGCCAGCGCGUCGACGGCCGCGGUGUCGAUAGCCAUGGUGUACCAAGUUUCCGACAAUGCCUACAUCAAGUGUGUUUGCGGGAUCAUGGGAUGCGUCGCAACCUUGGCCACAAUGGCCAUCGACUGGUGAUUAUACUCAUCCUAAUUCUCCUCAAUGAUAUUCCUGCCGUCUAUGCAUCAACCGAUGCAGAGCCAGAGGGGAAUUCCUCAAUAGAUGCGACUGUCUUCACAAUCUUUUUGAAUAUUUCUUCUACUUGGUCAAUUGUUCUAAUCUUUGUUGAUCAAAAUGAUGGGUACAAAUUUUGUGGUUGCACGCUCAUAUUUUUUCAAGGAUAUGUCAGAGAGUGACGCAUCAGGAUCAUA